UCUCAGAACCACAUCCUCAUCGUUCUGUAUCCGCUAUUCAUGUUCUCUUGACCAAUAUAGCUACCUACCUGCCAAGCAUGGCGGUCUCACACUCUACGCUGUACAUCUCGCUACUAAUGUUGACUUUUGGAGGGGCAAUCCUCGCUUGUGGGACCGCCAGCCACAAUCCCGAGCUUCUGCGACGCGACUCCUGCGCAGUUGAUGCUUCAAUGUUUAGUGCUGGACAUAUGUGUCUAUCUCAAGGACCAAAGCUCGGUUUUGGCGAGAAUGCUAGUGUCACUAGAGACCAGAUACCUUUCGGGGUCGGGUUACAACAUACGGAAGAAGAUUCAGCAACACCCUCCUCACCACUCUAUGAUGUAGUUCCUCUCCCUGGUAAAGGCCUCGGGGUAAUCGCCAAAGUCCCCAUUCCCCGCGGCACGAAAAUCAUCAUCGAAGCCUCUCUCGUCACAGUCCCAAUGCCCUCUCUCAUCCCCGGCCAAGGUUUCCCUCUAGCAUCUAUGCUCACCUCCCUGACCACAUCCUUCUCUUCCCUCUCGCCCGCCUCCCAAACCACAUUCCUCUCCCUACACGAUCACCGCUUCCCGGGCGACGAAGAAGCCAACCAAUCUCACCUCCUCACCAUAUUCCGCAGUAACGCGUACAACACUGGUACGUCAGAAGUAGGACUUUUCCCGCUCAUUGCAAGGAUCAAUCAUUCUUGUAGACCGAACUCGGUGAAUUAUUGGAGUGAGAGGUUGGGGAAGAGGGUUAUUUAUGCGGGGAGGGAUAUUGAGGUUGGGGAGGAGAUUACGGUGGCGUAUAUUCCGCUGUUGAAAACUUUGAAAGAGAGACAGGCUAGGCUGGCGCAGUAUGGGUUUGUGUGUGGUUGUGAGGCGUGUAAAGAUGAGAGUGCGGGGAGUGGCAAGAGGAGGGGGAAGAUUGCGGAUUUGAUGGAGGUUUUGGAGGGGAAGGUAGAGGUUGGAAGCCAGAAGGCGGAAGUUAAUGAGAGAUUGGCGAGGAGAGCCGAGAAGUUGGUGGGAAUGCUGGGGGAAGAGGGAUUAGUUGAUUAUUGGGCGAAGGCGUACAGGUUUAUAGCUGUUUUUGAGGAGAGGGCGGGAAAUUUGGAAAGGGCGAGGAUGUGGGGUGAGAGUGUCGUUCAGGAGUUGAGGUUGGCAGAGGAUUCUUCGGAGGAGAUAGAUCGAGCACAUACAUUUCUUGAUGAAUUGAAAAUAUAGAGAUAAAUGUCUCUAUUAAGAACGCUACGAUAAAUUAAUGCACCCAAGAGAUUCAACUGAAGUUCCGAACCUGGAGACGCGAUAAUAGACCGUGAAUUGUAGGACUGUGAGACCAGAUUUGUCUCAUGAAGAUAAUAUUCUUGGGAUGCCUUAAUAGCCCUUCCAAGACCUCUCUGAGAUGCGCGAGCGAUACUGGGUAACUGAUGUGUAUAUGACAGGUCCGUUUAUAGUUGCGAAAGAAAUUUCCGAACUAUGUUGGUUACGAGGCAAUACAAAAAAUAUAUGAAUUGAGGCAUAAUUGAGCGAUUUGAUGAUGACAGUACAUGACUCUAGAAUUCUUGAUUCUAUGUCAAGAGUAGAGUAAAGGAGCAGAUUUGGAUUAUUACAUGGGUAUUG